GGGGAACGUGGUGCAGAAAGCUGCGCAUGAGAGGCAAGGGUGCCCAGCCCUGAAGAAGCUCCGAAGGGUGCAGUAGAGGACAGGGGUCACGGAACUAACUUCAAGCUGGUGUGCACAGUGUCUGAGCAGCUACCAGCCCAAAAACUGGAGUCACCAUGGCGGCGGGAGUUGCAGCCUGGCUGCCUUUUGCCCGGGCUGCAGCCAUUGGAUGGAUGCCAGUGGCCAACUGCCCCAUGCCCCUAGCUCCAGCAGACAAGAACAAGCGGCAAGACGAGCUAAUCGUCCUCAACGUGAGCGGAAGACGGUUCCAGACCUGGAGGACCACUCUGGAGCGCUACCCCGACACCCUGCUGGGUAGCACAGAGAAGGAGUUCUUCUUCAAUGAGGACACCAAGGAGUACUUCUUUGACCGCGACCCGGAAGUGUUCCGCUGCGUGCUCAACUUCUACCGCACCGGGAAACUGCACUACCCGCGCUACGAGUGCAUCUCUGCCUACGACGAUGAGUUGGCCUUCUAUGGCAUCCUCCCUGAGAUCAUCGGAGACUGCUGCUACGAGGAGUACAAAGACCGCAAGCGGGAGAACGCAGAGCGGCUCAUGGAUGACAAUGACUCUGAGAAUAACCAGGAGUCCAUGCCCUCGCUCAGCUUCCGCCAGACCAUGUGGCGGGCAUUCGAGAACCCACACACCAGCACCCUGGCCCUGGUCUUCUACUACGUGACUGGUUUCUUCAUUGCUGUCUCAGUCAUCACUAACGUGGUGGAGACGGUGCCAUGCGGCACGGUGCCAGGGAGCAAGGAGCUGCCAUGUGGAGAACGCUACUCGGUGGCCUUCUUCUGCCUGGACACUGCCUGCGUCAUGAUCUUCACGGUGGAGUACCUCCUCCGGCUCUUCGCGGCACCCAGCCGGUACCGCUUCAUUCGCAGUGUGAUGAGCAUCAUUGACGUGGUGGCCAUCAUGCCCUAUUACAUCGGCCUGGUCAUGACCGACAAUGAGGAUGUGUCUGGGGCCUUUGUCACACUCCGGGUCUUCCGUGUCUUCAGGAUCUUCAAGUUCUCCCGACACUCCCAGGGCCUACGGAUCCUGGGCUACACCCUGAAGAGCUGUGCCUCAGAACUGGGCUUUCUCCUCUUCUCCCUCACCAUGGCCAUAAUCAUCUUUGCCACUGUGAUGUUUUAUGCCGAGAAGGGCUCCUCUGCCAGCAAAUUCACAAGCAUCCCUGCAUCUUUCUGGUACACCAUCGUCACCAUGACUACACUGGGGUAUGGAGACAUGGUGCCUAAGACAAUCGCGGGGAAGAUAUUUGGCUCCAUCUGUUCCCUGAGUGGUGUCCUGGUCAUUGCUCUGCCAGUCCCUGUGAUAGUCUCCAACUUUAGCAGGAUCUACCACCAGAACCAGAGAGCUGAUAAACGCAGGGCACAGAAGAAGGCCCGCCUUGCUAGGAUCCGUGUGGCCAAAACAGGAAGCUCCAAUGCCUACCUGCACAGCAAGCGCAAUGGGCUCCUCAAUGAAGCCCUGGAGCUGACGGGCACCCCAGAAGAGGAGCACACGGGCAAGGCCACCUCGCUCAUUGAGAGCCAGCACCACCACUUGCUGCACUGCCUAGAAAAGACCACUGGGUUAUCCUAUCUUGUGGAUGAUCCCCUGUUAUCUGUACGAACCUCCACCAUCAAGAACCACGAGUUUAUCGACGAGCAGAUGUUUGAGCAGAACUGCAUGGAGAGCUCAAUGCAGAACUACCCGUCCACCAGGAGUCCUUCUCUGUCCAGCCAAUCCGGCCUCACCACCACCUGCUGCUCCCGGCGCAGUAAGAAGACCACACACCUGCCCAACUCCAACCUGCCGGCCACGCGCCUGCGCAGCAUGCAAGAACUCAGCACGAUCCACAUCCAGGGCAGCGAGCAGCCCUCCCUCACCACCAGUCGUUCCAGCCUUAAUUUGAAAGCAGACGAUGGACUGAGACCAAACUGCAAAACAUCCCAGAUUACCACGGCCAUCAUCAGCAUCCCCACGCCCCCGGCUCUAACCCCAGAGGGAGAAAGUCGGCCCCCUCCUGCCAGCCCAGGACCCAACACGAACAUUCCUUCCAUAGCCAGCAACGUUGUCAAGGUCUCUGCCUUGUAAAAACAUCGGACAGAGGGCCCGAGGGGGUAGUGGGGAGUAAAGGGGGCUGGCAUGUUAGUGGGUGGUCACUGAGACCACUCCCUCCCCCUUUCCCACUAUUUCUGCCUGCCCUGUUACACCCCUAGCACUGAGACCUGUGUGUGGAAGGGAAAGGAAGCAGCAAAGGGGACCUGAGGCUCCCGCUGCUGGUAUGGACACAGCCCUGUGACAUUGCAUCUUGCUGGGGCCUGAGGAAGGGAGGGGGGGGGUAGGGAAUAGGCAUUAGGGGGUGUAGGCCACUUGCCUGGACAGGGCCUGGUAGGGGCACCUCAGACCAAAUAACAGUUGUUUCUGAAGACCCCAGUGAGGAAAACACAAGAUCAAGGGUGGCCCAGAGGCCGAGCCGUCACAUGCAAACAGGAAGAAAAUAUAACACUGUGUACUCAGCACCUUUUUCAAGGAUCUUAAUGGAUAAUAUUUAUUCAUGGGAAAAGGUGGAAAACAAAAUCAAUGGAUUUUUGUGAAUUGUUUUUCUCCAUGGACCCAACACCUUUAAACCAAAACGAUGCAUUUUGUGAGGUUGGUUUUUAUUUUUCUCCUUUUAUAGCAAAAGCUUUUAGAGGCUCAAAGUCAGUUAUUGCUGAGUUCCCUCCCCAGUCCCAGGAGGAGUGAGGUCACCUUUGCUGGGCCUUCACUGCCCAGCCGACCUGCACAGAGCUGUCCAGCAACCACACAGCAACCCUUCUGCUCCGUCCGUCCGUCUCCUCUGUCUCUGUACCUAUCUGCUUCACCUUGGCUGUUUCUGUGUCCAACCAUCUGUCUCACCGUGGACAGUAAAGCCUUCUCUGUCACUGCCAAGUACUGCAGACCUGUGCCUGGGAGUCAGGCCGAGCAAAUGCAAAUACGGAAAGGAAAGGAAGCCAAGUGGGGGGAGCUGAAGGGUGAGGUAAGUCUACCUUAUGAACAGAGGUGCUUCCCUUGUGGUUGGACCCACUUGUCUUUGCCGUUUGUGGGGGGGGGGGGUGAUGGUCACGUGUAUCACACUGGGUCUUGAAAACGGAAGCAGCAACUUCAGAAAGCAGUCGUUUUUGCUCUACCCUGGUGAAGACAGAAGCACCAAGGCUCCCAGCUGCCAGAGCUCCAGGGCACCUUGCUAUGUACCCUCCUUUAGGAUCCAUGGGUAAAGCCUGUGCAGCGCUCUGCCAAGCAUCCUCAAAUAAGGACGAUGGACUUACCGCCCAAGGCAGUUCCUAUAUGAAGGGCAUGAGGGUUAAGUGUGUGUGCCUCCUGAGGGAUGUUUCAAAGCAAGAAAGCAAGCAAGAGGCUCUAGAUGAUUCUUUCCUGGUCUAAAAGAGGCCCUGAGGUCUCAGUCGUCUUCAGGCAUAUCCCUGAAGACAGCCCAAGUGUGUCUUAUGACCUCCAUGCAAAUAAGAGAGUGGGGAUUACUUCUUGAUAAUGUGGACAGUAUGUUUGCUCAAGUUAUUUACAUGGUAGCGGGCCUGGGAACAGUAUUUCUGGAAUCUUCCUAAUCAUUUUCACAACUUAGAGUGGAGCAGAUGAGUCUUGGGUUAGUGACAAGGGCCCUUUCCUGCCCUUCCCAACCCCAACUACUUCCUGCAAUCUCUGAAGCCUGGGAUCUGAGGCACGUGAGCUACUUAGGAACUUCUGUCCAUUCUACAGUCCACAGAUAAGUUGUUCAUUAGCAAGUCAAAACUCUCUCUGCCCAGUACAGCUAUCUAGAUGAGUUUUACUAGCCAAUGGCCUCAAAGCACCCACGGGGGUUCUAUGGCCUCAGCUCCAGUGACCCUGUACACAGAGGAGUCCGGGUGUUUUGAGGUGGUACCAAACAAGAAAGUGGACAGAAUGGCUGAAGAAAAGUGCCCUUCUCUCCAUCUCCGUCUCCCUGUAUAUCUUCAGUGGCUACUGCCAGUCCUUUCUCUAGAUCUGGCCUCAGGAUUUCCCCUUAUCAUGGAAUGGAGCUAUUCUCGCAAUCCAGUAAUUUUAUCAGCCAAGGCAGAGAGCCAAACUGGACCCAGUUUGGGCAGAUACACAAAGAACUAGAAAGGGAUCUUCAUUUUGAAUGAAUGGACCAUGGGACAAAGGCAUGCCUAGGUGCACGAUACAUCCGAAGAACCGAGUGGGAUAGGAUACAGUUUAAAGGCACACUGAUGCUCACGUGCAAGCCACUCUUCUAUUUGAGUAAGUCACUGCAGGGCCAGGAUGAUGACUCAACCAAGGAUCUCCUUGUCACUUGGACAGUGCACCGACAUAGCACGUUAUGGUUCUCAUGAAAAGAAAUGUAUUUUAAAAACGGUGUCCCCCAAAAUUCCAUUUUUAUUGACUUGAGUGAACUGAAUGUUUGUAUUGCUUCUAUUUCAUUUCCAAAGCCUGUAUCAUGCCAGCUCCCCUGUCCCCACCAAAAAAAUCAUUAGACCAUUUUCAUUUUCAUUCCCCCAUUGCAGUCUUGACAGGGGAUAAGGGACCCAGCUCACCUGUGUUCAAAAGUAUCAACCCAGGAAAACAGCUCACAGCCAUAUAUCUCCUAAAGGGUAUUUGUGAUCAAGUACAGGGGCAAAAGUGUGCUGGAUCAGUUUAGUAAGUCUGACUCACCAGCUAGUACGUGAGGAACCAGAAUUAUCAGAAUCUUCUGGAGACCAAGAGCUUUCUGGUGCAAUUGACUCCUGGUGCACAAACCAUGUUAGAAUAACCGAAAAUUCUCCAAACCACCACUCCAUUCAACGCUGCUUAGCACUGGGGGAGAGGGUAUCAAAAAGACAAAUAUAAAAAGCCUAAGACUACAUUCAAAUAAUAAAUGGGAAUACCUUGGAAAAUGUAAUAUUGGGUACACCAGACCUAGAGAAGAUUAAACAAUCGCUAAUUCAUUUUACAGUGUAAAAAGCUGAGGCCAGAGAACUUGACUUACUUAAGGUAAUGUAGUCAUUUAAGGACAGACUAGGGACCAGAGCACAAGACCCUUGGCCACUAGUCUAAUGUGCUUUUGUUUUGUUUUGGGUUUUUGUUGUUGUUGUUUUAACACACCCUUUGCCUCGCAGAGUUGAUAUGUUGAGGAAGGUCCAUCAAAGAUGCCAUGACAUAACUAGAGACACUCUCGUGCAAAUGUCAACACUUGAUGUAGUCCUGAAAUCACCUGACUAUACUAGUACAAAUUAUAGACAUCAAAGUGGCCAUUUCUUGGGUAGAGCCAGCUACAGGUGUUCAGGUCUAUAAGAAACAGGUGAAAAGGGAAGUCCAAGAUUUUUCAAGCAAAUGCUCGAUUUUCUCAGUGAAGAGGAGGCUUGGACAAUGACCUUUCAAAGCACACCUUUCCAUUGCUUCUCGCUGUGUCUGUGAAGGGAGUCAACCUAGAAAAUCCUUCAUUCCGAGAAAGAAAUGGACAGAAGACUGAAUGACUCCUCCUAGGUUUCAUGACAAGUCAGUGGCAGAAUUAUGAUGAUCCAGGACUCAAACAUCAUCAUGUCCUGGGGGUGUCUUCUAUAUCCUGUUCCAUGGCUCUAAGGUUUUGCUCAGAUUUUUAAAAGCUGGGUUUCAAGGGUGAUGAUUAGGGAACCAUUCCAGAAGUAGCAGGACCUCCUGAAACAGACCAUUAUUUCUUCCUAAUUCCCAUUUUUCCUAAGUAGUCUCAAGCUCAGGACUAAUUGUACAGAACCCCUUUCAAAAGACCAGUAGAUAUUCUUAACAACUGAACAUUGUUAGUCGACGACCACAUCAUUUGAUCAGAUGUUAAAGGGGACAGUAAAUGAUCCGUGGUUCACAAAAACCACAUACAGAACUGCUGAGGAUGCUAUACAGUUGGUUUCUCUUCCCUGCAGUUCAGGAUCAAGUCAUUUUCUUAUCAGAAUGCAGGUUGGAAAAGUACCUGGGAGCAUUAUAUGCCUAGAUCGUUUUCCUUGUCUUUUUAAAAAUAGCAGUAGUGAUUGAAAUUGAGCUAGCAUUAGAUUUGAAAUUAUUAAUGGAUUCUAGUGAUUCAGGCUCCCUCACUUCAAUUACUAGGUAACUAAGUAAGGCAGAAGGAUCCCAAUACCAAGCACUGGGAGUAAUAGCUUCCCUUUCAUUCUAGUUGGCAUGGUAACCAUUGUACAAGGAACAUGAGACUUUUAUUUUUCCUCUAAUUUCCUAAUGAAUUUUCAUCACUAGCAAAGCUUUAAAGUGGGACAAAGGAAAAACAAUGUCGUGACCCAUGACACGUGGAGCCCAGACAGCAUCAUGAAAAACAUCAGAACCAAGGCAAAGUGGCUUUGAAAAAUGAAAUGGCUUUUUAACGGGGUUCCUUAUGGGUCUUGUUUUUUAUUCAGGAUACUCUGUGUUUUCUCAUCAAAUGUGGGAAUGCCAUUUAUCUUAGCAGGUUAUUUCAACUAUGCUGGCUGAUGACACAUUAGCUAGUGCAGGGCACUGACCCAAGUCCUGGGGGACUCCUUGGACCAAGGGACUAUUUUACAAGCCAGGGAGGUGGGAGGGGUGGUAUAUUUUUGAUAACCAGACAUUCCAAUGUUUUCCUUAGAGGUCAUGAGCUCCCAUUAAUGUUCUCGUGAGAAACAUCAACUGUGUUCUUUUCUAUUUUCGUAUAAUUACUGGGCUUUGCGUAACAACAUCACAAUGGCAAAGAAAUAUACUGUACAAAACUGCAGGAAGACAAAUGUGAAAACUUUCUGUGGGGGAAGAGUAAGCUCUUAAGUUUCUUGUCUUCUUUUGAAACCGUAGUGCAUAUGUUAUAACAUGUAUAUCAUUUACAGUACUGAGUCCUGUGCCACUGCUGUACCUGAUGUAUCCAAUCUGGAUUAAACAAACUAUGUGCCACAA